AUGUCUAUAAAAAUGUCAGAUAUGGAUCUUGAACACCAUGGUCUCCAAGAAGUAGCGAAUGCUAUGCGUGGUGAUGAUGGACAUCUUGGAAGUGCACAAAAGCGAAAACGUGAAUUAGACUCGAUGGAUGAUGUGAGGCGUGGGAAUAAGCGGGUAUCGCCCAACUUACUAGUUAAUAAGGAUCAUUCUGAUAGUGUUCACUCUCUACAAAGCUACAGCAAUGUAUUACAGCAAGCACACCUUGACAGUCACAACGGUUCAUCUGAACACGUCUCGACAGCAGCAGCAGCUCUUGCAGGGAUUUACCCCCAGAUGACGGUUCCUCAACCUACUGAAGUAUCCUUUGCCGCACAAGGUUCCGAAAAUGACCGAAAUCAUGAAUCAUCUUUCAUGGAUGGAAACCAGCAAGGGCAAGAUGGGUUCAUGGAUAGUCAAAAUCAGCCUGGCGAUCGAGGUAGCAUAUCUAAGCCAGCAGUAGGGUCAGAAGAAUGGCAUAAGGUACGAAAAGACAAUCAUAAAGAAGUGGAACGCCGUCGUCGAGAGACUAUAAACGAAGGAAUCAAUGAAUUAGCCAAGAUUGUUCCUGGCUGCGAAAAAAAUAAGGGAUCUAUUCUCCAACGCGCCGUACAGUUUAUCACUGAGCUGAAGGAAAAUGAAACACAGAAUAUUGAAAAAUGGACACUUGAAAAACUCCUAACUGAACAGGCAAUUGCAGAAUUAAGUGCAAGCAACGACAAAUUAAAGACCGAAUGUGAUAGGGCGUGGCGGGAGGUCGAGACGUGGAAGAAAACAUGUCAAAGUGCUGGGUUAGCACCGAAGAAGGAGGAUUGUGACAUGUAG